AUGGAUUUAGCCGUAUCAUCAUUCGCUCAUCAGCUGUACAGCACUGUAUUCAAUGAAGAGAAUGUUGACAGAACGCGAGCUGUUGUAGCACGUCUAAAGGGUGUCGAAUCACGGAAAAAGAGGAAACAAUCAACAGAUAAAAGUAGUGGAAAUUUCAUGAAGGAGACGUGUGAGUGUGUGGCCAGUACUGCGAAUGUAGAAGAGGCCAAUCCAGUGACAAGAACACCUGCCUAUGACGUCUUUUUAGGUGGAUCAUGUGGAAAUACGGUAUGGCGACGACAGCUGGUUAUUCCAUUUCUGAAGAAGAGAAGCAUAUCAUAUUAUGAUCCUCAACGAAGUGUUUGGAGUGAAAAUAUGAUUUAUGAGGAAAGCAUAGCCAAAGAGAAUUCAUCACUCUUCCUCUUCGUCAUCGAUCCGGCAACUGUUAAUGCUACAUCUUUUUUGGAAAUCGCCUAUUUUGCUGCGAGGAAAUCACCCAAACUUGUCGUAGUUUUUCUUGGAAAAACGGAAUGGAAGGCUAAAGCACAUCCGGAUGAUGUACCGGAUCGUAAUAGAACAUGCCAGUUGUUGGACAGAAUAUUGGAUGCACAUGAUGUUCCCAUGUUGCAUAGUAUACAGGAUGCUUUGAAUUACAUCGAAGAUGAGAUAAUCGGAAACAAGAAAUGGACAGAAGUUCUGAAUGUGCCUUGUCAACGCUUAGCUUAUCUCUCAUUGCGUACGCGUCGAGCAGCUCGAGCAGCCCACGAACAUGCACGUGCUGCUUGGGGGCGUGUACGAACAGUCGCUUCUAAAGCCGGAGUAGCCGGUACUAUAGAUACGAUAAUUCUUUUGACUUGUCAACUGAUAGCGCCAAGUAUGCCUCUCCUAUUUGUGAUAAUUCCCUUAUUCAUCAUAAAUGUCGUUAUAAUCAUAUCAAUUAAUAGGUGGCAACACUAUCGAUCAAUGAGACCUCGAGGAAUAGUAGAUUCAACAUACUUCCCUCAUAGACACUCAGCAGCGAUCCCAUCACCUCGUAUGGCAACCGUGACAACUCCUCUCAACCCCAAGACAUCUAAACACUCAACAGUCAAAGCUAAACGGUUUUGUGAUGAAUUGAUGGUUGAAGAUGGAUCGAAUGCCUUCAGUACUCCUGAGAAUUUGUGUAACAACAGUCUAACGAAUGGAAAGCUUAAAACAAUCGAAAACAUCAAUUGCAUCGAGCUGGUUUGUAGUUCAAUGGAUGAAAUUGAUUGGAUUUCAAAAGAAGCUGUUCCUCAGAUGGACGGACAAUCCAUUCCUUACUCAAGUGGCUUAUCCAUGCCUGGACUCUUACCUGAAAUUAGGAUGAAUUGUUUAAAAGCUUGGUCCAGAAACUUCAAGCACUUCUUCUAUCAUAUUCCUUCCACGAAAACAUUCCUUUCCGGGAUGGUUGAGAUUGCUUAUAUGCUAGGACACUCUUCAUGGCAAGUGACAGUCUGUGUGCCUCGUGAAUCACAGACGUUAGAAUUUGGUUCCACUCAACAUGAAGACGAAGUAUCUCGAGCUGCCCGGCGGCGAAGGAAUGAUUGUUAUCAAAUAGCUUUCUGUUACUUGAAGGAUAUGGCAAAAAGACGACAAUGUCGGGUAUUUACUGAUUUAGAAGAAGCUAUUAGGCACGUUAUGAAACAAACAGCUGCUGGAUUCUAA